GAGAACCGUAGCAGUAGCGUAGUCAUCACUGUGACUCAACAACCUCACAACCCAACCAACAAUUAUACCACUGAGGCCUAUCACAUAGGCUGUCUACACCCCGGAGGAGGAGGAACCUGUCGAUGUCUACAAACUCUUAAGUACUUGUAGUGUGAAGUAAUCAUGGGAGAUCAGACUUUGUACCUGCGGUGGAGUGACCAUCAUCUAACAAUUUUGCGCCUCUUGUCCAUCAUCAGAGACAAGGAACAGUACUGUGAUGCUACAAUAAUGUGUGAAGGUCGUGUCUUCCCGGUUCACAGAAUUGUUUUGGCAAUGUGUAGUAGUUAUUUUGAAAAUAUUUUUAAUAAGCUUGAUUGUAAGAAUCCAGUGAUUGUUUUGGCAGAUAUUAAAGCUGCUUAUUUAGAAGUUUUGCUGUCAUAUAUGUAUAGUGGAGAGGCAACCAUUUUGCAGAGAUGUGUUUCUGGUGUUUUACAUACUGCUUCAGUUCUUAAAGUGAAAGGCCUCUCUGAAGAUGCAGAUGAUCAUACAGAUGUAAACUUAUAUGGAGAGGCAAUUCCCAACAUACAGUAUAAUCAGAAAUUAAGUACGAAAAAUACGGUUCUAAGUGUACAGCAAGAAAAAGAGUGCAGAAAUGGAUCAGCAGAUUUUGACAGCCAACCCGCAGCAAGCAAGCAGAUGAGACAAACAGAGUUAUCUAGGCAAACUGUAUCAAGUUUCCUUGUAAGAGAAGGCACUCCUGAAAUUAAUGAAAAUAGUGAAGGCAGCUUGACCCACUCAUCCACUCUCAGCAUUGUACCAGACUCUGAAAUAAGCUUAGUACAGUCUAACUUAGUUUCUCAAAACUUGGGUGAAUUAUUGUCUUUGAAUUCUGUCAAGGGUGACAGUUGUCAUGAAGCUUUGAUGCUGUGGAGAGAGAAUUUGUUAUCCCAAGACAGUACACAUGAGAGACAAACUUCCAACACUGAUUCUGCUAUGGAUCAUUCAAACAAGAGUAUUGUGGAGGAGAUAGACAUAAAAAAUGAAAUCAUAGAAUUGUUGCCAGAAGAAUGCAAUGUGAAUGGAGUUGGGAAUUCUAUGAACAUUGAUUGUUUACACUGUACAAGAACUUAUUCUUCCAACCAAGGUAAUGACAUGGAAGGAAUAUGUACCUCCAGGGAUCAAAAUAAUAUACCAGUGGCUGCCACUUUUCAAGACAACAGGGUCUCUCAAAACAUAUCCCCAGGAGAUGUCUGUCAAACAGAGGUGGUAAGAGCAGUUCUUAAACAGGAGUUAUCAGGCACAUGCAUUGUUAAUGGACAUGAAGAUAAUGAUGUGGGUGUUGCCAAAAACAGUAUGGUGGUGUGUAAUGGUGGAAUGCUAGCAACAACUCCAGAAAUUUGCAAGACCCUGAGGAGUGUUGCAGUUUUCCCUCUAUGACAACUGAAGACAAUAUGGAACCAGAUGACACGGCAAACUGUAGCAAUUGCCAAGAGCAUAAGAAUGGGCAUCAAUCUUGUCCUGAAAUUACAAUUAACAAUGACCAUAAUAAUACAGCACUUGGUGUCAGCCAUAGAGCACCUAUUGAUAACAUUUUUACCAAAUCCAAAAAGAAUUCAGAUGCAAAUGCUCUAAAAUCCCUGUCUGGAACAAAUCACACUCCAGAGCCAGUUAAAAGACGAAGAGGACGGCCAAGGAAGUUACCAAUGGUUAAAAAUGAAAAAAGUGGAAGAUGGGCGAAGAUUGUACCAGUAGUUAAAAAAGAAAGAGUACAGCCUAGGAUGGUACUAGCAGUUAAAGAAAGAGGACGAACAAAAAAAUUGGAAACUGUCCUUUCAGCUGCAAGCUCUCGAUGCAUAGAAAUUCAUAGGUCACGGAUUAAAAAUGUGGAUCUACGAGAAAACGCUGAUCAACAGUUUCGAAGAGAAACUUCACAUAGAUUGACUCGCUCCAGUACGUCUUCAAAAAAGAUUGUGGAGAAAGCAGACAAGAGACUAGAACUUUGUGAGAAUGUCUGCCUUGAUUCUGAUCAGUCAUUAGAGAAGAACUCCAUCUACAGCACCUUGCUGAAUACAAAUGAGAAUGAUGAAAGUAGUGCCUCUUGUAUUGUAAGUGAAGUAUCUAAUGAACCAGGUCCUAGAUUAAAUAAUGGCUACAAAGAAGAGCCUUUUGCUUGUAGUCUCUGUCUUUAUACAUCCAGUUCAGAAGAAACUCUGAACAAACAUAUUUGUAUUCAUUUGAAAGAUGAUGUGUACGUAUGCCGUAUUUGUUCAUUUUCAUCAAAAUAUUUAAAAACUGCAAAUAGACAUGCCUGCACUAAAAGAAAGGAGCAUUCAAUUGUUUGUGCUCUAGUCAGUGAAUCGCAUGAAGAAAUGAGUCAUUUUACUCAUAAAGGUAAAAAUUCUUACUCUUGUGAUAAGUGUUCUUAUAAAUCAGUGAAGGCUUCAGAUCUAAUUUAUCAUGCUCUUAUUCAUGAAAAGCCUUUUGCUUGUGAACAGUGUUACUACCGUUGCAAGACCAAUGCCCGUUUAAAGGCUCAUAGGGUGAUUCACACUGGGGAGAAACCUUUCUCUUGUCGGUUUUGUUCAUAUGAAGGAAAUCAGUACUAUAACAUGCUAAGACAUGAGCGCAAAAUGCAUUCAAGGGAAUUUACCAUAAGAAAGUUUAAAAAUUACAUCUCUACUAAAAAAAAAAUAAGCAUUUAGUUAGAACCCUGAAGCAUUUCCUUCAUAAUAUUUCAUGUACAGUACAUGGUUUCUUAGCAGUUUAGUAUAGUUUGUAUUGCACUGUGUAGUAAAAAUUAAUAUUUUGACAGAAUAGGAAAACUGAUUUGUCACUAAUGCUAAAAAUGUAUGUAACAUGCUGGAAGAGUAUUUUCAUGUUCAUGUAAUUAUCUAUUUUUAGUUACAAGAGUUGAUGUAUGACUGUGGUGCCUUGUCUUCCAUAAUUAAUUUGACUAUUUUUAAGGUUUCCAGUGGUUGCAGGAUAAGCCUGAAAAACUGGGCUAACCAUUACAUUACUUUGAAGACAGUCAUUAUCAAUUAAUGCUUUUAUUUUGUAGUUAAAUAAUUUUGACACUUUCGCUGAUACCAAAAAACUUUUUCAUUUAACCUUUAGUGAACCUUGAUAUAGUAAUUAUUAUAUCUCAUCCUUUAACCCAUGUCUAUCAUUGUUUUCAUGAUUCAUAAUUUAUAAGCUCCAGAAUUAAUUUUGUUUAUUUGCAUUUUUAAGUGUAGACAUCAUACUGUACAGCACUUAAAAGCCCUUUUUUUUUUUUUAAAUUGACUAUCAUAUAUGAGUUUUUCUUAAUGUUGUAUUUACAGUAUAUGGUUUUCUGAUGAAUUUGUACUUGGUUUAUAAUCACAAAUUGUUGACAUUAGUUUAAUUUCAGUGGGAUAAUUAUUAUAUUUAUAUAAAAUUUCAUAUUAUAUGCCAUGUUAUCUCAGUACAAUGAAAAAUACACUUUUAUUUAAUAUGACUAUAACCAGUGAAUAUAUAUUAACCUAAGUGUUUUGUGUGUCAUCUUUACAAGUACUUUGUUGUCAUGAGUCACUGGUUUUAUCUAAAUUUAAAUUAAGAAAAUCUUUUUUUUUUUUACAUUGUUAUACUUAUCACCUCUUGUCUACUGUAUUUGCUCUGUAUUGUAAUGUUUACCAAAAAGUAAAUAAUUACAUAGGAAUUAGUUGCCUGUUGUGGCUUUCACUUUAACCCUUUCAUUGUCUUCCACAUAGAUUUACAUUAUUGACAUGCUAGUGUAGCUCGUGUAGAUCUACGUUUAAAGGACAGUGGCCUCAAAUAUGCUAUUAUAUAGGAGAUGCCUGUGGAUGUGAAUAAUGAACAGAAAAAGAUUACCUUAGUGCCUGGAAUGCCUAUAGUGUUUAUUUUUGUUUUUAAAUUGGAAUUUGUUUAAUUUUUUGUAAAAUUUGCCAAAUUAUCGACUUGUUUAUUUUACCAUGUGGUUUUGAUAGUCGAAUGGGCAGCUACUUGUGCUCAGUUGAUAGAAUGGAAGGCAUACUAGCAAAAUACAGUGGAACAUCAAAUUUCAAACUUAUCACUUAUCGAACUCUUUGAAAAUCGACCGCUUUUUUCGAACCAACUUUGUCCCUAUUAUCGAACUCGCCCCUAUUUUCGAACUGCCGGGUACCGGACCUGUCGGCCAGCCAGCUCUGUCCGCGUCCCCACGCAGGCGCCAUGAGUCAGUCUGACUUUGUUGAUGCUCGAGUGAACACUAACCUGCGCUCUCAUUCAAACAUUUUAUGAUUAAUUCGUUGUGUUUAGUGCUUGUGGGACUGUAAAAUAAGCUACCAUGGGCCCAAAGAAACUUGCUAGUGGUACUCCUGUGGUAAAGAAAGUGAGAAACACCAUAGAUGUGAAGAGGGAAAUAAUACAGAAGUAUCAGUGGUGUGAGACUUGUUGAGCUUGCCAGGAUGUAUGGGAAAAACAAGUCAACCAUCACUUCUAUCCUGGCAAAGAAAGAACAAAUCAAGGAAGGUGAUUUCCCUAUUUUAGGGAAAUCUUAGAGGCGCUAGAAACGGAGGACUGUGGACAGUUAAUUUGCGAGACGGGGGUCCAGUGACUCUCAAGCUGGUCCUAGUGGCAUUGAAAGACAGAAGGGAAGUAACCCCAGAGAGGGCUUUGAUACCUAAAGUCCUUAUGGAGGGGGAUUUCCCUUCCAAACACUAACCCCCCCAACUCCCUCUCCCUCCUCCCUAUCUUCCAGAUGCCAUCACCAAUCUUCAAUAAAGGUAAGUAAAAAUGUUAUAUGUUUAUUUAAAUUUAUUAAUACAUAAUUGUACACUAUAUUUGUUGUGUGUAUGUAAAACUAUAAUUAAUCUCCAUUAAAUAUAUUUUUUUGUGAACAUUUUUGGGUUUCUGGAACAGAUUAAUUGUAUUUCCAUUAUUUCUUAUGGGAAAUAUUGCUUUGCUUUUCAAAUUUAGAAUUUAGAACUAGCUCCUGGAACGGAUUAAGUUCGAAAUUUGAGGUUCCACUGUAGCUAGGAAAUGGGUCAAAUUGAGCAAUGGAAUUGGCUUAAAAUAGGACUCGGUAGGCAAAAUUGCCAGUACAUAAAUUGUGCCCAGACUGUCAUCUUUGCAUUUGUGUAAUUCCCCAAGUUUCUUAUCAAAUUUUGUAUUUUUGGUGUCAUCACCUUCAGAAACAUUCUCUUAUCAAUUCAUACUUUUUUUUAAAUUGUGACAUUGUCAAAACUUAAUUUUGGAGGACUGACAGUGCAAGGGCUAAAGAAGAAUGCCUAGCUGGAAAUAAGCCAUACUGCUUAGGUCAGUAAUCUGAAGAAAGUCUUCUUUUUCUGGGGUAAACCAUCACAACUUUAACAAAAUUUUAGUACAAUUAUUGUAUUUGUAUUAUUCCAUUCAUAGGGAAAAUGUUAAAUCCAUAGGGAAUCGUGCAGCACCCUAGGGGAUGGAAGACAGUACAAUGGUACGUUGGGAUACAAACAGCUCAAAACUUGAACAAUUAUGUGUGUUUUUGGGGGUCUGAAAUGGUUUAAUCUAAUUUACAUUAUUCCUUAUAGGAACAAAUUCGUUCAGUAUCGGCACUCGAACAGCCUUCUGGAACGAAUUAAGUUCGUAUCCCGAGGUACUACUGUAUGCAUGUAAAUUUGCAUUGACAAAUAAAAAUAUUAAAUUA